GAAAGGCUGAGAAGAUGGUGGCAGUGACGGCAUUGUCGUCUGCACUCGGAUAGGUGAAGCUACUCGGCUACCCAUUGCGGUAUUCCCCGGACAGAAUGACUUAACUGCCUUUGGCCGGGCAACAGGGGGGAGAGUGUCAAAAAGGGAAAAUGACGAGUGAUAACCGUAUUAAAUGGCAAGGGAACGUAUCAGAGCAGUAACCGGACCUGUGCACAUUUGAGCGAAUAGUAAACGUAGACGUCGCCCCUCUUUCGUCUUCACUCCGUGCGGUUGAAUUGAAGUCGCAGGACCAAGAAGACCACUUUUUUCCCCCGAGAUUCUCCGAGCCGAGGGAACGUGAAGGGGAGGGGAUUGUGGAGGACUCGCAAUUAGCCCGUUGUGUCCAUGCGGUUACAAUCCCUCUUUCUAAUGAAGGCGAUUGUGGCCUGGGUAAACUUUCGAUGCAGCCGGGAAUCACGAAGGAGCACGUCCUACAUAUCAACACUUUUAUACAUUUUUUACCGGGAUGCUGUAUAGAAGUUUACUGAUUAUUUCCUAUUUUUUCUUUUGGAAAAUGAAAGCUACAGAGGUAAACAUUGGUUAGCCUCCAAUACCAAGCCUUCAAGACCGGGACCUUUUCCUUAUCGUAGGUAUUAUUGGUAUGAUUAAGAUUAAUAUAAUAAUCGUUAUUUUUUAUUAGCCACAUGUUUUCAACUGCUGGCUAAGUACUGGUCUUUUUUACAAGUAUGUGUGGUGCAAGUGGAAAAUUUUUGAAUAACGUUGCCGAUGUAAUUUUUAAUCUUUAAUUUCUUGCAACGCUGUCCUUAACGCUACAUCCUACUUUGCAUUAUUCUCAUUCCAAACUCGUCCAACCCCCCUUUUUACGAAUUGGGGAGACCGGCGGUGGAGAUCCGGAGAGGGAAUUCAGGAAAGGACGGGGCUCCGUCCAUUGAAACACUGGCGAAUAGGCCCUCCCGUUGAAUUAGUACGGGGUAUGUGGGUUUAGGGCGAAAGGCGCCAGCUGCAAAUUCUAGUUUCUUCAAAACACCGCAACGAUGCCUUAAUACUCUCACUUGAAUCUUCUGCCAAGUUUUAAGGUGUCUUGAGUAAGGUAUUUAGAGCUCACUUUUGGGCAUUAGCCUCAAAAUAAAUAGGACAUUAUUAUGUUUUUUCGAAAUGUUAUACAUGCAAAGUGAAAGAAAACAGUUUUGUAAGAAUUUAAAAAUGAAUAAUUGUCAACGACAGUGUUUGCCAAAACAGAGCGGAAAAAACAACUGCAUCCAAGUCUACUACAACUUUGUUUACUAACGUCUAGAAAUUAACUUUACUCGUUACAUAAAUAAUUCUAACUGGCGCGCUGAAACAACCAUAAGCAGUGCAUGCAAUUCCGGGAUACUUCGUUGCACUUUAUUGUCAGAUUUCGAUGGGAAUUAUUUGAGCAGGAGAACAUUGUCCAGAAUCGUGAGGAGAGGUGGUCUACUGAACAUAGUUAGCAUAACGGGUCGAGCUGUCACCGACGUUGGCAUCGCAACAAAAGUCAACUUUCGUAAGUUGUUUUGGCCUAUUCAUAUGUUGUCUCAAUUUGUAUAAAUUAUGAGGGAAGGACUUUUAAUACCUGCGUUUAAUCAUCCGGGAUAAAAGGAAAACUAGACUUGAAUUAUAACAACGUUAGUUACAGGCAACGCACGAGCUCUUGACGCAUUCGAGUGCUUAAAAACGGAGAAAGACGGAGGAAUGUAAGGAUUGACGUCAUGAGGUGGAAUAACGAACUACUCUAGUAUCUGGAAGGGUCCUAGAGCGUGAGCGGACCGUUUGCGCUGCACACGUUUUUUUUAAUUUUAUUAUUAUUUUUUUUAAUAAACUUUUUUUAUUUAUGUUUUUUCUCUAUUGCCCUUUUUCAUUUUGAUAUCCAUCCGCUUUCUACUGCGGCUAAUUUGGACGUGGAUAAACUACAGGCCAGACUACUGUGCGGACUUAAUCUUUGACAUCUUGGAGUUAUUACGGUGAGACUGUGUUCCUCGCAUCGCGUAACGGAAACAUGGCAUCACCGCAGCACCAGCAGCUCCUCCGCAAUACGGAGGCGAGCUGUGACUCCAGCGGCGAUGGCGCGGUGUCGGUGCGGAUCAGCGGUGCCAAGCCGCAGAAACAGCAGCAGCUUCACGGCGCAGGGAGCACUGGGUGCGGGGGCGGCACCACCGGGGGCUCGAAGCGCUGCAAGUAUAGCAUUUCCUCCAGUUGCAGCUCCGGAGAGUCCGGUAUGCGGAGGACGGCGGUGAGGGGGCUGAGGCACCACAGGAAGGUGCCCCAGCUUUUUGAGAGGUCGGCGGCGCAGUUCUGGGACCCCAAGUUUGACUCGCCCAUCCUGGAGGAGGCCUGCCGGGAGCGUUGCUUCCCGCAGACGCAGCGCCACUUCCGCUACGUCCUGCUCUACCUGUCCGCCGCCGGCUUCCUGUGGGGAGUGUACUUCGCCGCCAACCCUGCCCGCUGCCACCCCGUCGCCUUCCUGGUGCCCACCGCCUCCUUCCUCCUCUUCUGCCUCCUCCUCUUCCUCUUCACCUUCACCCGCCUCUACAACCGCUUCUACAACCAGGCCUCGCUCCUGCUGAUCUUGGCCACCUUCGCACUCACCCUGGCGCCCCAGGUGCAGACCGCUGGAUUCGGGGACCUGGAGGGGCUCUCUUUGGACGAGGACGAAGUCGUCGCCUCGGAAAGUCAAAACGUGACCCUCGGCGCCCCCCCAGCGGGCGGCUCCUGGGCGCCCUGCCUCUCCCCCGUCGGGACCUUCUCCCUCUGCAUGGAGGUGCUGCUCCUGCUCUACAGCGUCCUCCACGUGCGCCUGUACGCCUCCGUCCUGCUGGGGCUGCUGUACUCGGCCUCCUUCGAGGCGCUGGGCUGGAUGCAUCUGGCCCCGGGCUGGGGGGCGGCGGCGCGGGACUCGGACUGGGAGACGCUGGGCUGGCUGGCCCCCGCCCGGGCGCUGCUGCACCUGUGCGCCCACGCCAUCGGCAUCCACCUCUUCAUCAUGUCGGAGGUGCGCUCACGCAGCACCUUCCUGAAGGUGGGCCAGGCCGUCAUGCACGGCAAGGACCUGGAGGUGGAGAAGGCCCUGAAGGAGCGCAUGAUCCACUCCGUCAUGCCCCGGCGGGUGGCGGACGAGCUGAUGAAGCAGGGCGACGACGAGGGGUGCGAGGGCUCGGCGAAACGCUACUCCACCCACGGCUGCGGAGGCCCCGCCUGCUCCUCCGCCACGGCGGCCGCCUCCACCUCCUCCAGCCCCAAGGGCAACAAGAGGAAGAAGACCUCCAUCCCCCGGGGGCAGAUCAUCUUCCGGCCCUUCAACAUGAAGCGCAUGGAGCCCGUCAGCAUCCUGUUCGCCGACAUCGUGGGCUUCACCAAGAUGAGCGCCAACAAGUCCGCGCACGCGCUGGUGGGCCUGCUCAACGACCUGUUCGGCCGCUUCGACCGGCUCUGCGAGCUGACGCGCUGCGAGAAGAUCAGCACGCUGGGCGACUGCUACUACUGCGUGGCGGGCUGCCCGGAGCCGCGGCCGGACCACGCCUACUGCUGCGUGGAGAUGGGCCUGGGCAUGAUCCAGGCCAUCGAGCAGUUCUGCCAGGAGAAGCGCGAGAUGGUGGACAUGCGCGUGGGCGUGCACACGGGCACCGUGCUGUGCGGCAUCCUGGGGAUGAAGCGCUUCAAGUUCGACGUCUGGUCCAACGACGUCAACCUGGCCAACCUGAUGGAGCAGCUGGGCGUGGCCGGGAAGGUGCACCUGUCCGAGGCCACCGCCGGCUUCCUGGACGACCGCUACCGGCGCGAGGACGGGCGCGUCACCGAGAGGGUGGGGCAGAGCGUGGUGACGGAGCAGCUGAAAGGACUGAAGACCUACCUGAUUUCGGGGCGCAGGGUGGAGCCCUCCCAGUGCAGCUGCCCUCAUCUGGGCCCGGCCGUGCCGGACCACGGGGGAGCCCCGGCCCUCGCUCCCCACACCCACACACACACCCCCGACGUCCCGCCCCCCAGCGACCUCCGGGACCCCCCCGACAGGGUGAAGUCUCCCUGCCCCUCCUGCAGUGUGCUGUUGGUUCCGGGGGAGGAACAGGGGGAGGAGGGGGCGGUGCAGAACGGCUGUCAGGACGAACACAAGACCAUCAGCAGCAAAGUCCCAUUAGGGCGCGGUCCCAAGGCCCUGAACGGGCUGUUGGGGGCCCACCUGGAGGAGUCGGUGAGCCGCAGCCAGACUUCGCUCUGCGAGAUGUUGCAGGAGAAGGAGAAGCACUGGGGCGGGACCGGGGGCGGGCGCGGGGGCGUGGCCUCCAUGGACCACUCCGCCCUCAUCCCGCUGCGCUCAAAGAACUUCCGCGAGCGGAGCGACGCCCACUUUGUUGAUGUCAUAAAGGAGGAUAGCCUGAUGAAGGACUACUUCUUCAAGCCCCCCAUCAACAAACUGGGCCUCAACUUCCUGGAGUCUUCUCUGGAGUCGGCCUACCGGAGGAGCUACCAGGAAGAGGUGGAGACCGAGGCUCCGGUGCAGACCGUGGCCAGUGCGUUGUUCAGCUCCCUGCUGGACGUGUCUCUGUCGUGCGCGGUGUUCCUGGUGCUCACGCUGGCCUGCUUCCUGCGGCCGCUGCUGACCGGCCUCACCCCGCCCACGCCCGCCCUGGCGCUGGCCGCGGCCGCCGCCCUGCUGGAGCUCCUGUCCCUGGUGCUGUCGGUCCGUAUGGCGUUUUACCUGGACAACAUGCUGCGCAGCACCCAGACCAUCCUGAGGGCCGUCUCCGCCUGGGUCCCCCGUCACAUGAUCGGGGCCGUGCUGGUGUCCCUGCCCGCCGUGUCCGUCUUCUCCCACGUCACCUGCGACCUGCACCUCUCCGUACAGUUCGCCAUGUUCCUGUGCUGCGCCUCCAUCAUCGCCAUCAUCCACUACUGCAACUUCUGCCACCUGUGCUUCUGGAUGCGCUCCGUUCUGGCCACCGUGGUGGGAGUGGUGCUGCUCGUGCUGCUCUACAACCCCCUCUGCAGUUCUGAUGGAUUUUUGGAUUUCUGGUCAGGUAAUGGCACCGAGCCCACGGAGUCUCCAGUGGAGUCAGAGCCGACCCCCCGGCCACAGGACCUGCUGGGCGCGGAGGCCAUCUUGGCCUUCUUCCUGCUGCUCCUGCUGGUGUGGUUCCUGAACCGCGAGUUCGAGAUCAGCUACCGGCUGCAUUACCACGGCAACGUGGAGGCGGACCAGCACCGCAUCAAGAUCCAGAACAUGCGCGACCAGGCGGACUGGCUCCUGGGAAACAUCAUCCCCAUGCACGUGGCGGAGCAGCUGAAGGUCACGCAGAGCUACUCCAAGAACCACGACAACGUGGGCGUCAUCUUCGCCAGCAUCGUCAACUUCAGCGAGUUCUACGAGGAGAGCUACGAGGGCGGCAAGGAGUGCUACCGCGUGCUGAACGAGCUCAUCGGCGACUUCGACGAGCUGCUGCGCCAGCCCGCCUUCGCCAACAUCGAGAAGAUCAAGACCAUCGGCGCCACCUACAUGGCGGCGUCGGGGCUGAACGCCCAGCAGUGCGCGGGGGACCCCGCCAAGCCUCACGGCCACCUGCGGGCGCUCUUCGACUUCGCCCUGGAGAUGAUGCGGGUGGUGGACGACUUCAACAAGAACAUGCUGGGCUUCCAGUUCAAGCUGCGCAUCGGCUUCAACCACGGGCCGCUGACGGCCGGGGUCAUCGGCACCACCAAGCUGCUGUACGACAUCUGGGGCGACACGGUGAACAUCGCCAGCCGCAUGGACACCACCGGGGUGGAGUGCCGCGUGCAGGUGAGCGAGGAGAGCCACCGGGCGCUCAGCGAGAUGGACUACGAGUUCGACUACCGCGGCACCGUCAACGUGAAGGGCAAGGGCCAGAUGAGGACCUUCCUGUACCCCAAGAGCGCCGACAGCGGCCUUGUGCCGCGGUACCAGCUGUCCGUGUCGCCCGAGAUCCGCGCCCAGGUGGACGGGAGCAUCGGCCGCUCGCCCACCGACGAGAUCGCCAGCGUGGUGCCGGCCGCGGCCCCCGCCGCCAACAGCGCCGCCCCGGGCCCCGCCAAACCGGAGGGCAGGGAGGGCGUGAGGGGACCGCCCGCCCCCGCCCCCGCCCCAAACCCCGACUCCCCUUCAGGGGCCGCCCAGGGCACGCCCAUCUCUCCUGCCCCUGCCCCUGCCCCGCUACUCCCCAUCCCGGCCCAGACCGCUUCUCUCAGGUCUGGAGAGAGCAAGGGCCAGGAGCAAGAUGAGGAUGAUGAUGAGUUGGGCGAGCUGACAAAACUGUAAGCCUGGGGUGCGAGGCUUCGACGCGGCUCUUUCGCCAGCCCUUUAAAACAAAGUCACGCAGCCUGGGUGGGCAACCCCUUGGGAAAAGUGUGUGUAUGUUUGCAUGUAUUUGUGUGUGUGUAUGUGUGUGCGCGCGCAUAUGCCUGUCUAACAGGGGUACACCAAAAAGCUCCAAACACACACACCGUUUGGAAGAGAGAGCCCACGGAGUUCCAGGGCUAUGCUAGAGGUUGGCAGACAUUUUGUUCACUUAAAUAAUCACCCAUGGGGUGAGCUGUGUGGGUCAGAGUCAGACACUUUCACUGGUGGGUGGGGUACAGGUGUAUGUUCAACAUUCAGCUGUCCCUGGCCCAUAAUCCUCUUGAACCACACCAAAACAUUAGCGCUUGUUGCAUUUAAUUCUUGUCAUAUUUUUGCCUUUCUUAUUUCGUUUAUUUUAAGUGCCUUCAGGAUAAAAUAAGAGGAUAAUUUUCUCAGUCUCGGAUCAUGAAAGAGACUCAAAUUUACUAAGAGGGGAGAAAUAUGAACAAAACAAAAGGGCCGACACAAAAAUCCUUGCAUGUCUUUUUUAGACUACGGAUGAAGCUGUGCUUAUUUUUACAACUUUUCCUUUUGUCUGUUUUUACCUGAUGCAAUAUUUUUUUUGUUUUUUUUAACUUUUUGCCAUUAGCAAUUUUUGCCAAAUUCUUGCGAGUAUGUUUACACUAAUGAGAAUAUGGAGGAGUCACAGAGUGGCACAGGAAGGACGACAAGCGUAGGAGUGUGAAGAGGGGAAGGGAAUUGUAGGUAAAGAGGAAAGUAAGAGAGAAAGAGAGAGGCAGGAGGCCCGGAAGUGACAGGAAUACUGUACGCUCUUCUCCCAACUCGUCAGUGUUCCCGUUGUCAGGGUGAAUCUGUGCCAGUGUCCGACACACGCAGGUCAUGCACAAGCUUUUGUCAGUACUAACAGCAAAGAGAAUGUGUGUGUGUGCGCUUGUGUGUGUGUUUGUGCCAGAGAGUUUGUCAAUGAAUGUGCCUGUGCUUGCUGCAACCAGUAAUGUGCAACUCCAGUUCUAUACGGAAAUGUCUGAAAGAUCCCUUCCCCAGGUUUUUGAGAUUGGUGGAUGGCUGUCGUGUUUGGGUGUUUGUGACAUAGUGAAGGCUUGGUGUGGACGUGUACAAGCGUCUCCCGGAAGUACGGGGGAGCCUCCUCCGUGCCUAGACCCUCGGCCAAUGACAGCGUUUGGCCAAUGGACACGUGACAUGUCACAAUGAAUGUACCCACUUACGUCAGCCAGGCGUACGACAGCAAGACAUUAAAAAGGGAGUUCAGGAUAUCCAGGGUGGAAUUUGGACUUGAAAGGAGCUCUAAAAUGCCACAGUAGAAACUGAUGGGGGUGGGGGUGGGGCUGUAUCUGGCCACGCGCCUGCUCCUUUAAAAUAUGACCUAUGUUGAAAUAGCCGAAGGAGGUUUACUCUUAUGCAGACGGCUGAAAGGGCAUUUUGACGGCUGUUGACAGUUGAAAGGCCGGUUUGAAUGCGGUGGCGUGGAACGUGCAACAGCAUCAUCAACACGGAGCACUUGUGGUUUUCAGGUCAGACGUUUUUAAAUAGAAAGCCAGGUUUGUAGUGCGUUAAAGGGGAAGGGAAGAACGUAAUGGAUGAGCACAAGGGAGCUCCUCUUGGAUCUCUGUCGUGCGUGGGACCGUGAUCUUAAACAUUCGGGACCGGCUGUUUAGCGACGGGAUGCGAGUUAAAGGGAAGCACCUGGCAGUGUGGGGAUUGUUAGCAACGUUGGCCACCCCCCACCACCACCCCCUGCUCUGUGUGUGAGUAAUGAUGCAGGUCGUCAUCGUUGUUCGGCUGAGCAGAGCAGUUGGGUCCCCUGAGUAAAUCCAGGAGCAGAACUUGACCUGCACUACACACCUGAUGCAGAUGCACAGCCAUCCAUCUUUUAGGGAACCUACACGCCAUACUGGCUUUGCAGUUGGCCGUUUUUUCUUCUGGGGCAUAAACUCCUAUCUAAUCAAGCGCUUGUUUUUGAAGGCUGUUGUACUGAUGUUCUUAUAAUUUCCCAUUUUAACUGAAUUAUCAACAAGCACAGUGCGACUGGUUUAAGUUUUUUUAUUUAAGUGAAGAUUUUUAUGCUGAAAGGGUUGUUUUCAUAUGACAUUACUGAGUUGUGCAUACUCCUGAAGUCUCUCCGUAUGUACCACUCUGUGUGCAUGAAGUGUAUAUACUGGACACAGGUCAUUACUUCCUCUUGUUGUUUCUUUAUCUUUGCCUUUCUCUUCAUCUAUCCCUGUAACAGGGCUGUGUGCUCAGGGUUUCUGUUCAACCCUCACCCUUAUGGUGGGCCUAUUUUUAUCUCCUGAUGUUCAUCUUGCCUUUUUUUGCUCUUUAUUUGACAGUGUGGAGAAGGGAGUAUCCAGGCUUCAGAAUAGUAGUUAUUUUGCCUCAAUGUCUGAUAUUUCUGCUUCAAACCAAUUCACCGGGUUUGACCAGGGGUCUCAUGGGUGCAAAGCAUGUCUAUCUAGAAACAGAAACUAACUACUUUAAAGUAGUUGGGAGUCUAAAAUCAUGCAAGCCACAUCUAAUAGCCAAAUAGUGUUUAAGAAUCCUGGAGGAGAAAAAUAAUUGAGCACUUACAGUGUUAGUAACAAGUGAAUUUGGUGGAUUCAUAUAGAUAAAGACUGGAAAUGUUUGAAUCAGAGCAAGUGAUUGUGGCAAAUCGUCCUUAAAGAAUUCACAAUUCAGCAAUCUUCAGAAAUAACACUGACUGAAGCAUGUUCAAAAAGAUAUUGCUCAGAACAGGUCAUUGAUAGACACUGCAAAGAAGUAUUAGUGCCUUUUUUCAAUCAUAUAUUAAUAUAUCGAUCUUGCCAUGAUUGUUAUUUUUGUUGGACUCUUGAUUUUUACUUUUUUGUAUGUUUGUAGUAUUUAUUACAUGCAUAAAUGCAGAGUUAUUUUUCUUGCUCUAAAUAUUUUACAUUUUAUAUGAUUUUGAGCAUUGUGCCUUUUAUAAGGACUAUUUGGGUCUGAUGAAAAAGUUUAAAUUAAACUUUUGUUGCACUGUGUAGUCGUAAUUGAAGUGUGUGUGUACAUGCUAAUAUUGGCACAUUGCAGUAAAGUAUUCCAAAGCCAAAUUAACAACAAAACUCAACAAUAUUACAAAUAUUCACAAUAAAUAUCUGCACUUCCGUUUUGCACAGGAUUAAAAUUGAUCAAGGGGGUGGGGCAGGCUGGUAAUUGAAGGUGCAAUAUUGUGGCCCUUACAUUGGAGGGUAAAGGGUAUGUCUUUAAAAUGGAGGCAAUACUGACAACCUAUGAGCACACAGCCCUGACUGUAUCCCUGAAUCCCACACUGUGAUUGGACAGUGAGAAAGACCCAAUCAUUGAGAAACAGGACCGGGUCAUGUGUUAUUUUUUAAGAAUAACAGAAAGGGACUGGCCCUUCUGAAGCACAUCAAAAAGCACAUGCAUUUGUCUUCUCAGUGGUAGUAUACAUGUGCUGUGACCCUGUACUAUAGCACAUGUAUACUUAGUGACAGAGGUGAUGAUGCAAGUUCUGAAUGGAGUCCUCCCCUCCUCUCUACUGUUUUGAGGACUGUUGUGGAUUUUAGAGGUUUCGUAUUGACUACCCUGUUAGGGAGCUGAGAAGCCAGUGCCCUCCCACUUGCUACUCAGAAUUUUGAUAAUGGAGGGGGACAAACUGGUCCAUCCUAAGCAGAACAAACUGGUCUAUCCUUCCUGUGGGCUAAUGGGUUUACAGGGAUGAAUGUACAAACUUUCUGGUUUCUGUACUGUGUACUUUUUUUAAACGUUGAGGCAUCAACAAUCAAUAACCCAACUAAAUUUGGUCAAUUCUUCUGUAUACAGACUUGUACACAAAGCAAAACACCUGCAUUUGCAUAUUUAACAAAUCCAGGUUACGAAUGAAGGUAUUGGUGUAUGUACAUAUUUGCCAUAAUUGCAAAUAAUCUAGAAAACAUCCACAAAAUGUUUUUUUGGUCUUUUACUCCAUACUCCAGGGUUUGUUAUUAAGGGCUGGGGAGUUUGCACUCUUGCUAGUAUCAGAAUGACUGCAGCUAAACCUGCAGGCUGUCUCCCAUGAUGCAUCUGGAGGAACACCUGGUCACACCCGCCCCCCACCUCCGUGCUUCACCAUUGCCUGCACUUUUCUGUGUCUUCACAAAAUGUCAUUUCGUAUUUCUUUCAUGGUAUUAUAUUUUAUCAUAUUCUCUGAGAAGAACAGAAAAUAAAAAGACACAAUGACACAGAAGGGUGGCUUUUAGUGAGUGUUGUGAGGGAUUUCAGUUGGCAAGCUGGAACAAUACUUUAUGCCAAAGAGUGAUGUUUGUGUGCAUUUGUUCAAAUGUAGUUUUUCUUUUUUUACUUUUUGUUAUGCUUUGUUGUACACAUUAAUAAUGUAUUGUUUAUAAACUCACUAACAUAAUCUCUAUACAUUUGCACAAAGCCCUCACUGUGUUUGUACAUAUGCUUUUAUAUUGUAUAUUAUAAAUGAGAGUUUAUGUUAUUUAUACAUGUGCAUGUGCCAGAUUUUCACAUUAUCAGAAGGUAGGGGAUGGGACUAUUUAGGGCAGAAUGCGUGUUUCUGCUUUCGUAUGUCUGUCUGUGUGUGUGUGUGUGUGUGUGUGUGUGUCUAUGUUUGUGUGUGCGCAUGGGUAGAAGGGGCAAGCCAAAAGAUACAAUGUUCUCACAGGACCUGCAAAAUGGCUUCCACAUGUAAAUCAUUGCAUGUAUUCAAUCUCAUAUAUGUACUGUUCUGCAAGCACUAUGGACUUCAAGGUGUGGAGUCCAGUUGAUACUGGUCAUUUGUGGUUGGAUAUAAGUGAAAUUAGCUGUUGUGUGCAGCAGUCAAAUUCUUCAUGGGCUGGAGGUAGCCAGUCUCCUGUUAUGUAAAAUAACCGUAGUGUGAAUGGAGAAACAGAAUUCAGAAAGCCAUGGGUAGCAAGGGUUUGAAGAAAAAUGGUGAGAGAAUGGAGGCGUCCCUGGACUUCUGUGGCACCAAAUUCGCACCAAGAAGACUGCAGUGUGGAACUCCCGUCUUGUCUUGUGACCUGGCUGGCGAUCUGCAUGGCCCGCAUAUGGAAUGGCCUUUAAAAAAAAAAAAUGUUGACGUCUUCAUUUCAUUUAUGUCUUAAGAUGUUUUGAGCAUGUUGCCGUUAGUUACCGCCCAUACUUGCAUCACACUCCACCCCUCCUCCCUAUCCUAUCCUCUCCCUCCCGAUCACCCCCACCGGUCGCACCGUCGCUUGCCUGUUGGAGAAGAAUGAACUGCUCUUUUCGGUUUUAUAUUUACCCCACAAAUGUUCCCUUCUGGGGAGACAGGAUUGGGUAGAUGUUGCUUUGGCCUUUUGCUGACUGUGGCACCAUGCACGAUUUUUGGGAUCUGCACGCCGCAGUUUUAGUCUUUCUUGUUAUAGCAAUAAAAUCGAUGUUCUUUAAAUGUGUCGUUAAAUGUUUACUGUGGGCCACAAGGACACUCCAGCACAAUAGAAAUAUUGUUUCACGGAACCGCUUUAUGAUCAUUUUCUUUCCGUAUUUAGCUGUCCUACCAGCCCUGUACAGUACAAACAUUGUACCUCCUCAAAGCUCACAUGUUCCAGGCUCUUUAACAGGCCUCAAAUGGUCUCCUCUUUGUAAAAUUUCUGUCCGGUUCUCGAAAACAAAUCAGCGGCUUUGGGACAAUAGUGAGUCUCUGGUUAUUGUCUUUAACAUGAGGGGCGGACAGGGUGGCCUGUGACGCAUGAUGAGGCAUGGUAGGACAGAACAACCUUAAGAAAUCACAGGAUAUAUGUACUUAUGUAGAGGGAGGGUUAUGCCUCCAAGCAUUAGUCCAUAGUUUGGGGCAUGCCCUCCUGGAGACCUCUGCCUCUCCUAUAGGCCUCUCGUGUUUUCGAUUGGUUACUAGAGGUUUUUUGGAAGGGCAAAGGUUUAAAUAAAAACGUUUUAUGUAAAACUGUAAAUGGAAUAAAUUAGACUAAUGUUUGGUUUCUGGUCAUUGCCUUUUUUCUCUUUCACUCUCUCGUAAGUAAAUGUCCAGGUACAAUAAAUGAGGGGAAAAGAUUUAAAUCUUUGUUGAAUUUGUUCAUUUGCAUUUGUAUUUGUGCAAAUGGUUAAUAUGCAUAUCAGUAGGUUCUUAAAUAAAAUGACAAAGCCAUAAAA